GGGCCGAGCCGCAGCAUCGCGGGAUCCGAGGCCAUUGCGGCCGAGGCGGGGCCGCUCCCGGGGCCGCUCCCCGCGCUCAGCCCCGGCCAUGAGGAGGAGGAGGAGGAGGGCGGCGGCUCCGCGCUGAGACCCCCCGGACCCUGCUGAGAGACCCUGGAUGCUGCUGAGAGACCCUGGAUGCUGCUGAGAGACCCUGGAUGCUGCUCAGACUCCCCAGGACUGACGGGGCUGAGCCCCCCGGAUUGGAGGUGCUGGAUCCCCGGGUGAUGCUGAGCCCCCCUGGAUGCUGCUGAACCCCAGGACUGACGGGGCUGGACCCUGCUGAACCCCCGGACUGGAGGUGCUGAGCCCCCCUGGACUGACGGGGCUGAACCCCCAGAUUGGAGGUGCUGAAUCCCCGGGUGAUGCUGAGACCCCCUGGACCCUGCUGGACCCCCGGACUGGAGGUGCUGAGACCCCCCCGGAUCCUGCUGAGCCCCCCGGUACCGGUUCCGAGCUCGGGGUUUCUCCGCAGGUUUUCAGUGCUUUGCACCAGGACUCCAAAGGAGGGGACAAACCCAGGCACUUGGAAAGUUAUCCAGUGGUUCAGUGCUGAGGGAAUCCUGUGGGAGCAUGGCUGGAGCAGGACAUGGAGCCUGGGCAGGGAGUGCAGGCAGUGAUGCGGGAUGCUCCUCCCUGGCUCCCUGGCGGCUCCGCGCCCCGGGGCUGUGAUCCCGCCCUGCUCCCGCCGUUCCCAGCUCGUCCCAGGAGCCAUGAGGAGGUUUGGCUACUGCCGGGUGGUGCUGGCCACGUCCCUGCUCUGGGUGCUGCUGGACGUGUUCCUGCUGCUCUACUUCAGCGAGUGCAACAAGUGUGAGGACAGCAAGGAGCGCUCGCUGCUGCCGGCGCUGCGCGCCGUCAUUUCCCGGAACCAGGAGGGCCCGGGGGAGAUGGGCAGGGCCGUGCUCAUCCCCAAGGAGGAGCAGGAGAAGAUGAAGGAGCUGUUCAAGAUCAACCAGUUCAACCUCCUGGCCAGCGACCGCAUCGCGCUGAACCGCAGCCUGCCCGACGUGCGGCUGGACGGGUGCAAGAGCAAGGUGUACCCCGAGGGGCUGCCCAACACCAGCGUGGUGAUCGUGUUCCACAACGAGGCGUGGAGCACGCUGCUGCGCACGGUGCACAGCGUGCUGCAGCGCUCGCCGCCGCGCCUGCUGGCCGAGAUCCUGCUGGUGGACGACGCCAGCGAGAGAGAGUUCCUGAAGGGCUCCCUGGAGCGCUACGUGCGGCAGCUGGCGGUGCCCGUCCGGAUCCUGCGGAUGCCGCAGCGCUCGGGGCUGAUCCGCGCGCGGCUCCGCGGGGCGGCCGCCGCCCGCGGCCAGGUCAUCACCUUCCUGGACGCCCACUGCGAGUGCACCCUGGGCUGGCUGGAGCCUCUGCUGGCCAGGAUCAAGGAGGACAGGAAAACCGUGGUGUGUCCCAUCAUCGACGUGAUCAGCGACGACACCUUCGAGUACAUGGCGGGCUCGGACAUGACCUACGGGGGCUUCAACUGGAAGCUGAAUUUCCGCUGGUACCCCGUGCCCCAGAGGGAGAUGGACCGCAGGAAAGGGGACAGGACGCUGCCUGUCAGGACCCCAACUAUGGCUGGUGGGCUGUUUUCUAUUGACAGGAACUACUUUGAAGAGAUAGGAACUUACGAUGCAGGAAUGGAUAUCUGGGGUGGCGAGAAUCUUGAAAUGUCCUUUAGGAUCUGGCAGUGUGGAGGCUCCCUGGAGAUCGUCACCUGCUCCCACGUGGGACACGUGUUCCGGAAGGCGACUCCCUACACCUUCCCGGGCGGCACCGGCCACGUCAUCAACAAGAACAACCGCAGGCUGGCCGAGGUCUGGAUGGACGAGUUCAAGGAUUUCUUCUACAUCAUCUCCCCCGGGGUGGUGAAGGUGGAUUAUGGAGAUGUUUCUGUCAGGAAGGCCCUGCGGGAGAGCCUGGGGUGCAAACCCUUCUCCUGGUACCUGGAGAACGUCUACCCCGACUCGCAGAUCCCGCGGCGCUACUACUCACUGGGAGAGAUCAGGAAUGUUGAAACCAACCAGUGCUUGGACAACAUGGGCCGCAAGGAGAAUGAAAAAGUGGGAUUUUUCAACUGCCAUGGCAUGGGAGGGAACCAGGUGUUUUCCUACACGGCGGACAAGGAGAUCCGCACGGACGACCUGUGCCUGGACGUGUCGCGGCUCAACGGCCCCGUCCUCAUGCUCAAGUGCCACCACCUGAGGGGCAACCAGCUCUGGGAGUACGAUGCCGAGAAGCUGACCCUGAGGCACCUGAACAGCAACCAGUGCCUGGCGGAGCCGUCGGGGGACGACCGGCUGGCGCCCAGCGUGCGGGACUGCGGCGGCGGCCGCUCCCAGCAGUGGCUGCUGCGCAACAUGACCCUGGGGGCCUGAUUCCCACCCCGCAUCCCGCUCCUCCUGCCCUUCCCAGCGGGGCACAGCCCUCUGCCAGCCCCAGCGGGGCUCCCGGCGCCGCCGCGCCCCUGGACUCGUCCGGGAUUCCAGAGGUGGAGUCGGGAUACGGAGGAGCUGCUGUCACACGGAGGGGUGGCCCAGUCAUCCGGCACUGGGAGCCAUCCUGGAGCUGGUGGGAAUGUCCUGCGGGAUCGUGGGUGUGCUCUCGUGCCCGGUGGGAUCGGACAGCGCCGAAGCUUCCUGGGCUGUGCUGGGAAAAAAAAAAAAAAAAUGGGGUCUGGUGUUGGGAAAACCAGGCCAAGACUGCACUGCACCAGGAAUUCCAACAGAUGUGGCCACAGGAGGCACGGGAAUGCUGAGGGGAAGGAGUGGCACUCGUGGGACCUUGGAGUGGCACGAGGGAACUGUCCCUUCCUUCCAUGGGAAUGGAGCUGUCCUUCUUUCCAUGGGAAUGGAGCUGUGCCCCUUCCUUCCAUGGGAAUGGAGCUGUCCCUCCUUCCAUGGGAAUGGAGCUGUCCCUCCUUCCAUGGGAAUGGAGCUGUCCCUCCUUCCAUGGGAAUGGAGCUGUCCCUCCUUCCAUGGGAAUGGAGCUGUCCCUCCUUCCAUGGGAAUGGAGCUGUCCCUUCCAUGGGAAUGGAGCUGUCCCUUCCAUGGGAAUGGAGCUGUCCCUUCCAUGGGAAUGGAGCUGUCCCUCCUUCCAUGGGAAUGGAGCUGGUGCUUCCAUGGGAAUGGAGCUGUCCCUUCCUUCCAUGGGAGUGGAGCUGUCCCUUCCUUCCAUGGGAGUGGAGCUGUCCCUUCCUUCCAUGGGAAUGGAGCUGUCCCUUCCAUGGGAAUGGAGCUGUCCCUUCCAUGGGAAUGGAGCUGUCCCUCCUUCCAUGGGAAUGGAGCUGGUGCUUCCAUGGGAAUGGAGCUGUCCCUUCCUUCCAUGGGAGUGGAGCUGUCCCUUCCUUCCAUGGGAGUGGAGCUGUCCCUUCCUUCCAUGGGAAUGGAGCUGUCCCUCCUUCCAUGGGAAUGGAGCUGUCCCUCCUUCCUUGGGAAUGGAGCUGUCCCUCCUUCCAUGGGAGUGGAGCUGUCCCUCCUUCCAUGGGAGUGGAACAGGGGCCAGACCUGGGGCACAAGGGACAUCUGGAAGGGCCAAAGCUGAGCUCUGUGGAGCUUGGAGUGUCUCCAUCCAUGAAUCCCAACCCAUCCAUGAAUCCCUGCAUCCUAACCCACCCAUGAAUCACUGCAUCCCAACCCAUCCCUGCAUCCCUGCAUCCCAACCUAUCCAUGAAUCCCUCCAUCCCAACCCAUCCCUGCAUCCUAACCCACCCAUGAAUCCCUCAUCCCAUCCCAUCCCUGCAUCCCAACCCAUCCAUGAAUCCCAACCCAUCCAUGAAUCCCUCAUCCCAUCCCAUCCCUGCAUCCCAACCCAUCCCUGCAUCCCAACCCACCCAUGAAUCCCAACCCACCCAUGAAUCCCUGCAUCCCAACCCAUCCCUGCAUCCCAACCCACCCAUGAAUCCCUGCAUCCCAUCCCAUCCCUUCAUCACAACCCACCCAUUAAUCCCUGCAUCCCAUCCCAUCCCUGCAUCCCUGCAUCCCAACCCACCCAUGAAUCCCUGCAUCCCAUCCCAUCCCUGCAUCCCAACCCACCCAUGAAUCCUGCAUCCCAUCCCUGCAUCCCUGCAGGCCACGGGCACAGCUGCAUCCCUGGAUCCACGCCCAGCUCUGCCUCCAGCUGUUCCCAUUCCCACAGGAGCCACAGAGGCUCCUCUCUGCUUUUAGGGGUUUGGGGCUCAGUCCUUUUGUGGGUGUGGCCCUUCCCAAACUCUGCUCCCAGCUGGGAUGUGGGGACAGGGACAUUCCCAAAAUGUCCUUUGGGAGCCACCCCAAAUACACUAUGGCCCUCUGGGCUGGGAUUUUGGGAAUUCUCACUGCCCAGAGGGCUCAGGAGACUGAAAUCCCAGGGCAGCACGGGUAAGUGGGGAAAUAUUUCCCAGGAUUUCCCUCACAAUUCCCAAAAAUCUCUGUAAAUGCACUGGGUCAUUAAAAAUGCCAGUAUUUUCUG